UUUCAGACCGAUAUGACUAAUCAGAAAGAAGAAACAAGAAACGAACGGAAGGCUGUGAUUCUUGGAUCAGGACACAAAGCUUUAUUUUUCAAACAACUCUGUGAUGCAGCAUCCAAUUAUGAAAAACAUGUCCAUUAUCCAGAUGUUCACUACCUUACCAUCGAUCACAUGGGAACAGAGCAUGUGGUGGAAAUCACCGAUCCAGGAUUGGCUCGCACAGGAAAUCGGGAAAUGGCUCUGACAGCAGCUGAUUAUGCGAUUCUAUACUAUUCUGCACUAAACAUUGAUUCUCUUCAAGCUCUUCAGUCACUUGUCCAACCUCUCCAAAAUCGAAAAAACCUUCACAUUCUUCUUGUAUGUGAUUCAGACGAAGUGAUACCAGAAGAAACUGCAUCAGCACAUACAAGUUCCACGUCGGAAGGGUAUGAGUCAGAUGACCGAGAUGGUAUGAAAAGACACUAUUCAAUGGAACAAAUUCGUAAGGGAUUGGAUGAUAACAUAUCUACUUCAGUUGCAGAUCAGGGCGAACAACUGGCGCAGGAACUUGGAAGUCGGUGUUCAUUUAUGCAAAUAAGUUCCAGUAGCUCUUCAGAUGCAAAGAAAGUAUUAACACAAAUGAUUAUGUCCAUCAACAAAUCUGGUCCCACGCGAAAUCGGAGAAUGUCUAAAAUUGCAAGCAUUCUACGAUCGAAAUCAUCCGACAAAUCGGGAGAGAAUAUGAUAUUCGAGGCAGUGAAUGAGAAAAAGAAAAAUGGUAAAAAAGAAAAAGGAGAGAAAGUUGAAGAUUCAAAAGUGUGCAUCAUAAUGUAAUGUGAGGAAAUAUGGAAUGUCGUUUGAUCUCAAAUGGGAAUAGAUAAUGCAUUGUUUCGUAUUAUGGAAAAAUUACUGAAACACAACUGUACUUAAAUUUUAAUGUUUCUUUUCUUGGUGAACUUUUCAGUUCUAGUCAGCUCCCCGAACCUCCCGGUAAUUUUGAAAUGUAUGUUUCCAGUGAACUUGUGAUAUUGAUGAUAAUUGGAUUUUAUAACAGUAGUUUGUGUAUUUGUGUUUUAUUAAUUUUUGAGAUUGGAAUAAAUAAUUUGUAAAU